AGCACCAUAAUCAACCCCCGCUAUGCUUUUUUUAUAAAGACGUACCGAGAUGUUCUUUUCGUUUCAUCUGCCACAGAUUCAACUUAUCUUGCGUUUUCCUUCGAUUUACUACUUACGUCCCUUGUCUUGACUAAAGUUAACCGGCUAUGGCGCCCAUCAAAGUCGGAAUCGUGGGCUACGGUUUUGCAGCCAAGAACUUCCAUAUCCCUUUCAUUUCCGCCAUUCCUGACUACGAAAUAAUCGCUAUUUUGCAGAGAGCGGAGGCCCCAGCCAAUCCUGAGUUAUCUCCUAAGGGUUCCCAUUGCACUGUCGAUUUUCCAGGAAUCAAGCACUAUAGAUCUGCAGACGACUUCUUCGCCGAUUCAGAAAUCGCUUUUGUCGUAGUAGCUACGCAGACUGAUACGCAUGCCUUGUUUGGGGAGAUGGCGCUGACGGCCGGAAAGCACGUCAUAAUUGAUAAGCCUUUUGCAGAGUCAGCCGAGGAAGCAGACAAGAUCAUAGCCCUUGCUGAGAAGAAAUCAUUACUUCUUACCUGCUAUCAAAACAGAAGAUGGGAUGGUGGCUUUCAAACGUUGCGGAAGCUUAUUAAAGAAGACGCAUUAGGGGAUAUCAAGGAAGCAGAGAUUCACUACGACUUCGAGUCGCCAUCAUGGAUUUCUCAAUUCCCUGCGAAGUAUACGCCUGGAGCUGGGAUGGCGUAUGGGCUAGGAACGCACAGCAUUGAUCAGGCAUUGGUCUUAUUUGGCCUGCCCAAAUCAGUCACAGGUUUCUUCCGCGUCCAGCGCGGCAUGGAGAGCGAAGUAGAGGACUCCUUCACCAUAGUCAUGCAGUACGACGGACCACAGAAGGAGCUACUUGUAACAGUGAAGACAUCUGUGGUAACACCAAUGGCGCAGCAGCUUAAAUUUCUCGUGCGCGGCACUAAAGGCUCCUUUAUUAAGUUUCAGAAUCGGAGUACGUGCCCACAAGAAGAGCAGAUUGCUCUGGGAGCAAAACCUCUCGACGAAGGUUUUGGUUCCGAGCCAGAGCAAUUCCAAGGCAUUCUCACGACAUAUGACAGUUUCGAUAGUCAGGUCCAGACACUUGACAAGGAGACAAACAAGUAUACUGGUAGGUAUCCUACGAUUACAGGUCGAUGGCUAGGAAUAUACGAGAAUGUUGCAGAUGCCAUCAAUGGAAAGGGCGAUUUAGAAGUCAAGCCAAAGCAAUCGAGAGAUGUGCUGCGUAUUAUUGAGCUUGCAAGGGAGUCACACAACAAGGGUGUUGCAGUGCCAUGGGCAUGAACGUUUUCACGGCCUGUUGGAAUUCUUGGGAGUUAUUUUGAGAAUGAAGCCAAUCCGCAAUCACCACCUUUACUAAUUUGCCCAGUCAAUGCCUGCAUACUUGAACUAGUAAAAGUACUAGACCCGUCGAAAUAUAUGGAGAUUCAUACCUACAAGUAAUUUCAUCUUUCCGUCCAAG